AUGGAGGGCUGUCUGCAGCACACGGAUGUCUUCUCUGCAGUGCUCAAAAAAUUUUUAAGAGCCCUCUGCUCACCCUUUAUAAAGGCAGAAAAUCCUCGCACUGAAAAUUUCCUUCUCCAGGCCUUUUUCAAAAAACCCCCCCAAACGUUACUUGAAAAGAUGUCCGCUGCCAGCGAAUCCAAGUACUCGGCUGAGGUCCUCUCCGAGUUGUUGAGCAAGUUGCAAGUUGCCGACAACAAGGACGAGGCUGCCGCCAAUGUGUCUUCUUUCUUGAACCUGUCCAUCAUUGAGCACGAUGUUCCUCAAGAGUUCUUCGCCGACUUCAAGGCUCAAAUCAACAGCAAGGAUGCUGAGGUUGCCACUGCUGCUUUGAUCGCAUACAACCACAUUGCCUCUGCUAACGCCAUGGCCCCAUCUGUUGAGCCAUACAUCGUUGCUUUGGCUUCUGACGUUGCCGCCAGAUCCGGUGACAAGACCAAGGAGGUUGCCGCUGCUGCUGACGAGGCUUUGCUUGCCAUUGCCACCGCCAUCACCCCAACCGCCAUCAAGGCUUUCUUGCCAUCCUUGAUGGAGAACUUGAAGAACACCAACAAGUGGACCGAGAAGGUUUCCGUGUUGAAGGCUGUUUCCCAGACCGUCGACACCGCCAAGGCCCAAGUUGCUUUGAGAAUGCCUGAGUUGAUCCCAGCUUUGUCCGAGGCUAUGUGGGACACCAAGAAGGAGGUCAAGGACGCUGCUCACGCUACCAUGACCAAGGCUACCGAGACCAUCGACAACAAGGAUAUCGAGAAGUUCAUUCCUAAGUUGAUUGAGUGUAUCGCUAAGCCAACUGAGGUUCCAGAGACCGUCCACGUCUUGGGUGCCACUACCUUCGUUUCCGAGGUUACCAUGGCUACUUUGUCCAUCAUGGCUCCAUUGUUGUCCAGAGGUUUGGCCGAGCGUGACACUGCCAUCAAGAGAAAGGCUGCUGUCAUUGUUGACAACAUGUGUAAGUUGGUCGACGACCCUCAAGUUGUUGCUCCUUUCUUGUCCACCUUGUUGCCAGCUUUGAAGGCUAACUUCUCUACCAUUGCUGACCCUGAGGCUCGUGGUGUUACCCAACGUGCUUUGCAAACUUUGAGAAGAGUUGGUGCUGUCGGUGAGGAUGACUCUAUCCCAGAGGUCUCCACCGCUGGUGACAUCCCAGUUACCGCCUCUGUCUUCAACGAGUUGAUCAAGGAGAAGAAGAUCGGUGCCAGAUUUGACAUCGCUUUGAACUACAUUGCCGCUAUCGCCGGUGACUUGAUUGACGAGAGAGACAUCCAACCUGACUCUUGGUUGUUGAAUGUUUUGCCAUUCGCCACUAUCUUCUUGCACGAGGCUGAGGCUAAGGAGAUCAUCGAGGAGUUCAGAAAGAGAGCCAUCGACAACAUCCCAGCUCCUCCAUCUUUCGAGGACGAGGAGGACGAUGGAGAGGACUUGUGUAACUGUGAGUUCUCUCUUGCUUACGGUGCCAAGAUCUUGUUGAACAAGACUCAAUUCAGAUUGAAGAGAAACAGAAGAUACGGUUUGUGUGGUCCUAACGGUGCUGGUAAGUCCACCUUGAUGAGAGCUAUUGCUAACGGUCAAGUCGAGGGUUUCCCAACCCAAGAGGAGUGUAGAACUGUCUACGUCGAGCACGACAUUGACGGCUCUGCCGCUGACACUUCCGUUGCUGACUUCGUCAUUGCCGACGGUAUGGUUGGUUUGACCAAGGAGGCUGUUGAGGCCAAGUUGAGAGAGUUCGCUUUCUCCGAGGAGAUGAUCAACAUGCCAAUUGCUUCCCUUUCCGGUGGUUGGAAGAUGAAGUUGGCUUUGGCCAGAGCUGUGUUGAAGAACGCUGACAUUUUGUUGUUGGAUGAGCCAACUAACCAUUUGGACACUGUCAACGUCGCUUGGUUGGUCAACUACUUGAAGACCUGUGGUAUCACUUCCAUUAUCGUUUCCCACGACUCUGGUUUCUUGGACAACGUCACUGAGUACAUUAUCCACUACGAGGGUUUCAAGUUGAGAAAGUACAAGGGUAACUUGUCUGAGUUCGUCAAGAAGUGCCCAUCCGCUCAAUCUUACUACGAGUUGGGUGCCUCCGACAUGGAGUUCAAGUUCCCUGAGCCAGGUUUCUUGGAGGGUGUCAAGACUAAGCAAAAGGCUAUUGUCAAGGUUUCUAACAUGACCUUCCAAUACCCAGGUACCAGCAAGCCACAAAUCACUGGUAUUAACUUCCAGUGUUCUUUGUCUUCUAGAAUUGCUGUCAUUGGUCCUAACGGUGCCGGUAAGUCUACCUUGAUUAACGUUUUGACUGGUGAGUUGUUGCCAACUGAGGGUGAGGUCUACGUUCACGAGAACUGUCGUAUCGCCUACAUUAAGCAACACGCUUUCGCCCACAUUGACAACCACUUGGACAAGACUCCAUCUGAGUACAUUCAAUGGAGAUUCCAAACCGGUGAGGACAGAGAGACCAUGGACAGAGCCAACAGACAAAUUAACGAGGAUGAUGAGAACUCCAUGAACAAGAUCUUCAAGAUCGAGGGUACUCCAAGAAGAAUCGCUGGUAUCCACGCUAGAAGAAAGUUCAAGAACUCUUACGAGUACGAGUGUUCUUUCACCCUUGGUGAGAACAUCGGCAUGAAGAACGAGAGAUGGGUUCCUAUGAUGUCUGUCGACAACGCUUGGUUGCCAAGAGGUGAGUUGAUCGAGACCCACUCUAAGUUGGUCGCUGAGGUCGACAUGAAGGAGGCUUUGGCUUCCGGUCAAUUCAGACCUUUGACCAGAAAGGAGAUCGAGGACCAUUGUUCUAUGUUGGGUUUGGAGACCGAGUUGGUUUCCCACUCCAGAAUCAGAGGUUUGUCCGGUGGUCAAAAGGUCAAGUUGGUCUUGGCUGCUUGUACCUGGCAAAGACCUCACUUGAUUGUCUUGGAUGAGCCAACUAACUAUUUGGACAGAGACUCUUUGGGAGCUUUGUCUAAGGCUUUGAAGACUUUCGAGGGUGGUAUUGUCAUCAUUACUCACUCUGCUGAGUUCACCAAGGACUUGACUGAGGAAGUCUGGGCUGUCGUUGACGGUAAGAUGACUCCAUCUGGUCACAACUGGGUCCAAGGUCAAGGUGCUGGUCCAAGACUUGAGAAGAAGGACGACGAGGAGGAGGACAAAUUCGAUGCCAUGGGUAACAAGAUUGCCGGUGGUAAGAAGAAGAAGAAGUUGUCUUCUGCCGAGUUGAGAAAGAAGAAGAAGGAGAGAAUGAAGAAGAAGAAGGAGUUGGGUGACGCUUAUGUGUCUUCUGACGAGGAGUUUUAA